AUGAACGUCUUCUCUUCGUUAACCCUGCCAGAUGGGCAGACGAUUCCCACAACUCCAGCGACAGACGUAUCUCAGAGCCCCUCCGAUCCGUGCGAGCUGUCCCUCGUUCAGCAACCGUCCCCAUCGACGCUCUCCUAUGAGCCUUCCCUGUUAGUCGGAACUCUUAAUGUGUCGGCAUCUGGCUAUGUUCGGUACGAACCACGCGCCUCUCAAUGGGGCUCAGUCCUCCAUGAUUCACCACUUGCAGCUUCGGUCAGAAGCUUCGAUGAUACAUCUGGAACCUCGUCCAGCAGCUUCCCUUUCGACCUAAACCCUACUGCUCGCAUCAAGGAUUUGUUGAUGAUACUUCCACCGGUCAGGCAGUGCGACGAACUCAAGGCUGUCUUCUUUAAAGUCUAUUCUCCUUUGUUCCAUAUUUUACAUGACCCAACUUUCGACUCCGAUUACCUGCAGUUUCAAAGCGAUCCACAAUGUGUCUCAUUGUCAUGGCUGGCGCUCCUCUUCGCCAUCCUGAGUAUUGCGGUGACUGCUCUGGACGAUAGUAGUACGUUGCUUCACGAUCUCGGGAGGAGCGCUUUCAGCUCCAAAAACAUCGCGGACUUAUCCUCGCGCUAUCGGGUGUCGGCGAUGCAAUGUCUUGCUGCUGAUCAUUACCUCUGGAGACACACGAUGUACACGUUACAGGCGCUUAUCCUCCUCAUCUACGGCAUUAACCAUAGUCAUGGCCAGACCUGGGCAUUGCUUGGGACCACGUACAACAUCGCUCUGGCGCUUGGCUGCCAUGUUGACCCCAGAAAUUUUGGACUCAACCUUGUUCAGUGUGAGGAAAGAAGGCGCUGCUGGGCCGGCUUGACCAUGCUUUACACAAUCCAGAACACAACCAUGGGCAACCUCGAUCCACGCAGUAUUCUCCACGACGUUGAACUACCAGCUAACGUUAAUGAUAUCGAUUUGGUGGCUGGCAGUUUUCCUUCUGAGACUGAGUCGCCCACUCAGAUGUCGUAUCUCCUCCACAAGUUCCGCCUCUAUGACCUGUGUUCCAAGAUUUGCAAGCAGAUGUUUGGCCUCCGUCGUCCCUCCUAUCAAUCUAUCAUGGCUCUGGACCAGGAAAUUACUCGCGAACAGGACAGGUGGAACGCAAACUACCUUUCGGAGUCGCGAGGCGGACCGUUACCUGUGCAUCACGUAGUUCACCUCAACAUUCUAUUCGGGUACUCUCAUCAACUGUUUCUCCUCCUUCACCGUCCCGUCUUCAGCAAGGCACUGUCGUGCACGAAGCCAGAAGAAGUCGAAAACUCAAGAAGCCGGUGUAUCGAUAGCGCACGAGGCCUAUUAGGAAUCCACAAAACGCUCUUCGAGACCCCCGAAUUCGCUUCCUUCCGCUGGUACAAUGAAGGCCUAGGGAGUUUCCAUGCCUUUCACGCGUCAAUCGUCCUCUUCGUGGUUCUUGCGACGACGGAUAGCACCGUACAGUACUACGACACAAAGGAAACCCUGGAGAAUUGUCUUGCCGUCUUCGAGGCGAUGGCAGAGCGUAGUCGCGUUUGCGAGAAUGCGGUGCCUGUUCUCCGCUAUCUACUGUGA